AUGUCUGUUUUCAAAGUCCCUCUGGAGCUUGCCAUACUUUGCUGGACAUCCUGGAUUUCAGCAGAUUGUCUAGGUUCGUUUUGCUUCGGCUCCUGGUGCAGGCGAGCGAGAGCUCCAAGUGGCUUCUCCAAGGAACAUGUCCGGCAGAUGUCCUACAGAAAACGAGCGUUCGGGGAUGGCUACAAAUCUAAAGCUUCCUUCGGCAAUAGGCACGCGCGUGUGGUGACAGGACUGAAUGCCUGGAGACAACGGAAUGUGCCGACGCUUUGGGGAGCAGACGUGGCAGUCUCAGCAGGCCACGCUCACACUUGUGCGCUGACAUCAGAUGGGCAGUUGGCCUGCUUUGGAUGGAAUGGCAACGGACAGUGUGAUGUGCCGAUGGGUUUAAAAGCAGUUACGGCAGUCUCGGCAGGCACGGCUCACACUUGUGCACUGACAUCAGAUGCUCAGUUGGUCUGCUUUGGACGGAAUUACUAUAGACAGUGUGAUGUGCCGACGACUUUGGGAGCAGUUGUGGCAGUCUCAGCAGGCGGCGACCACACGUGCGCAUUGACAUCAGAUGGUCGAGUGGUCUGCUUUGGAUACGAGGAACAGUGCCAUGUGCCGACGGAUUUGGGAGCAGUUGUGGCAGUCUCAGCAGGCGCCGACUUCACGUGUGCAUUGCGAUUGGAUGGUCAGUUGGUCUGCUUUGGAUGGAAUGACGAUGGCCAAUGUGAUGUGCCGACGGAUUUGGGAGCA